GAUGGAGAGGGACUGUACGGAUGUUAUAUCAAACGGUGCUGGGAGGUUGGAUGAUGGAGAGCACUGUACAAGUGCCACACCCAGUAUCUCCUCUUAUAGAUUUUGGAGGGAAAUGCAGUUACGCCUCUGUUUUUGUGCGUAUAAACAAGAUUCUCUCUCCUCAUUUCACCAAAUUUUCACUUUGAAACUCUGUCUGCAACUCUAGUUCGAUUUCAGAAACAAUCGGGAAAUUAGGGCAAAACCGGUGAUCGUCACUGUUUCUUCAAUUUUACAGCUCAAAAACUUCAGAUUUCCUUCGGUGUCGGUCCUGCUUGACCUAAUAAAUGGACUCUAAGUAUCAGCUGAUUGAGAAGAUUGGAGAAGGCGGAUUUGGUGUGGUUUACAAGUGCCGUGAACGCGCGACCAAUAAAACUGUAGCUAUGAAGAGGAUUAUCUUUAUAGAUCAAGAUGAAGGUGUCCCCAGUUCAGUAAUAAGAGAAAUCUCACUUUUGCAGGAACUGAAUCAUGGCAAUAUAAUCAGGUUACUUGAGGUAAUAAACAAUUGGGCAGGCGUGGAUCUCAUUUUUGAGUAUCUGGACCUUGAUCUAUCAAAGUUCAUUGCAUCUUAUCCUGAGGUUGCAAAGGAUCGACAAAAAAUAAAGGGUUUUCUCUCUCAGAUUCUCUGUGGUGUUGCUUAUUGUCAUUCUCAUAAAAUACUCCAUCGGGAUUUGAAACCUGAUAAUUUGCUGAUAGACGGCAGCAACAGUGUAGUGAAGAUUGCUGACUUUGGAUUGGCCAGGGCAUUUGGUGUUCCUCUUAGGAACUACACUGGCAAGGUUGCAACUUUAGCAUACAAGGCACCCGAACUCCUGCUUGGUGCCAAUUACUCCACUCCGGUUGAUAUGUGGUCUGUGGGGUGUAUAUUUGCUGAGAUGGUGACUGGUCAGCCUCUGUUCCAAGCACAAUCUGAAUUUAAUGUAUUGAUGGAAAUAUUCAGAAUGUUUGGUGUGCCAACUGAAGCAACCUGGCCUGGAGUGACUUCAUUAUAUGUCUACAUUACUAAAAUGAUCGCGUUCCCCACUAUUGUCACACGAAACCUUGCAACCGAGGCCACUGGAGUUGGAGCUGUUGGAUUGGAUCUUCUUUCAAAAAUGCUGAUCUUGGAUCCAAGUAGAAGGAUUACUGCUUCUGAUGCACUUCAGCAUGCAUACUUCCGUAAUUGAGCUCCGAAUGGUUGGAUGGUUCGUUCAUCCAUGUACUCUCUGCAUCUAUGGAACUCGAUUCUUCUUUUCCCCUCCACUAUUAAAACUGCGUACAUAACUUGCACUCGUUACUGCUGUUCUACUGAAACUGUUACGAUAACAAGGUCUUGAAUCUCACCAAAAAGUAGGUGGAAUAUCAUCUCUCCUUGUUUGGUUGUGUGGAAAUAUUAUGACACCAGAGGUGGAGGGUAUUGUUGCUAAUGCUUGGUUUCGGCUUUUAUAUCUUUUUUUGCCACAAAUUUACCGAGCCGUAGUCAUCUUCAAUGUGCUUUGUAGUGGUGACAAAGCCGGUCUCUCCCUGAUAUUUGCCUCUCCCAGGUAAAUGGACAUAAAUGGGGGGUCUCAUGAAUGAGAGACUACUACUUUGUGCUUUCAUCUAUUUGUCUUGCUUUUAUCUUUUUCCUUUACCAGUGAUGGUGUUCAUCAGAGUUAGAGAAUCUUAUAAGCAGCUUAACGAGGCUAAUUGGAGCCCUUGGGAAAACAGGAAUGUUAUGUUUGGGUGCACCAAAAUUCGGUGACGCUAAACAUGAGAAUUUGUCCGUUUAUACGUCUAAAAACCAAACGAGUCAUGAGAAUGCAGAUUGAUUAUGAAUGAAUU